GGAAAAGAUCCGACGGCAAUUUUGUAGAGUACAUCUUCCAUUCUUCUUGUUGUUGCCUUGUCCACAGCUUAUCACUUCUACUUCCUCUCAUCCUUCAAUUUGAUUCCCAAAACCCUUUAUACUCUUUCAAUUUUCAAUUCUCAUCCUCUCAAACCACUCCUUUUUCCCCUUUACUAAAAUACCCACUACCCUAAACCCUCCUACAUUUUACCAAUCCAGCAUUGAUUGUCAUCAAUCUUAUUGAAUUCGUAUACCCAAUUGUUUACACUUCCCAAAUUGUGAUAAACAAGAUCAGGAACUGAAUUGGGUUGUGUUUUUACACCCAAUUAAGAAAAACAGGAACUGGGUUUGCAAAGCUAGUGCUGUAGGUGCUCAUUCUGUAUGCUCGUGUUCGUUGUGGAUGAAUCGUCAUUAGCCUUGUUGAAUUCAUAAAACCCAAUUGUUUAUCCUUACCUAAUUGUGAUAGAUAAGAUCAGGAACUGAAUUGGGUUAUGUUUUUGCUGUUUCUGAGUGAGAUAAAAACUGGGUUUGCGCAGAUUGUGUUGGAGUUGCUCAUAAUUCUUCCAUUGAUAAUUGCCUUAAUUUGUUGGUAGCUCUCAUGUUUAAAAACACCAAUCUUGCUGCUAGAAUUUUUGAACGCCAGACUCGUUGUUCUACUCCUGGCACUAAUAUUCACCGUGUUAGGAAAUUUUAUGAGAAUCUUGUGCCAAGUUAUACCAUAUAUGAUGUUGAAUGCCCGGACUAUUCUUUCCGCAAAUUCACUGAAGAUGGAAAGUACCUCAUAAGCUUUAGCAGAAAUUACCAGGAGCUUAUUGUUUAUAGUCCAAUGUGGUUAACAUAUUCAUGCUGUGGUGACGCGUGUGAUGCUCAUGAACUUCCACCUAAAGCAAAGAAGUUUGAUAGCUUCUUCACUCAGUUGUAUACCGUAUCACUUGCCUCAAGCAAUGAGCUUAUUUGUAAAGAUUUUUUCCUUUAUAUGGAGAACAACCAAUUUGGACUCUUCGCAACUUCAACUGCACAAGUUCAUGAUGCUCCAGCCACAGGAGGUGCCGUACAAGGUGUUCCAUCCAUAGAAAAGAUUACUUUUCACUUACUGAGAUUGGAAGAUGGGAUUAUUUUGGAUAAGAAGAUCUUUCACAAUGAUUUUAUUAACUUGGCACAUAACAUGGGUGUAUAUCUAUAUGAUGAUUUGCUCGCUGUUGUGUCCCUCCGCUAUCAGACAAUACAUAUACUUCAAAUAAGGGAAUCUGGUAACCUAGUUGACGUGCGUGCACUUGGAGAAUUUUGUCGAGAAGAUGACGAGCUCUUCCUACUUUCAAGUGCUCAAUCUGGAACAAUGAAUGAGCAUAGUAGACAAAAGCAAGCCCUUGUUAAUAGCAAUGACGGUGUUCCCAGCAGUGAACAUUAUGAAGUUAGAAAUGUUUUUUUAAGUGGCAUUAAACAACGAUUACUUUCAUUCAUCUUCAGAGCCAUAUGGAAUGAAGAAGUUGAUGAAACACAGAGAGUUCAGUCAUUAAAGAAGAAGUUUUAUUUUCAUUUUCAAGAUUACGUUGACUUGAUAAUAUGGAAGGUUCAAUUCUUGGACAGACAUCACUUAUUAAUCAAAUUCGGCAGUGUGGAUGGAGGGGUCUCGCGAAAUGCUGAUCACCAUCCUGCUUUCUUUGCUAUAUAUAACAUGGAGGCGGCGGAAUUUGUAGCAUUUUACCAGAAUUCGGCAGAUGAGCUUUAUUUUUUGCUCGAGAAGUUUGCUGAUCAUUUCCAUACGCCUCCAAACAAUUCAUUGCAUAUGAAUUUCAUCUCAUCUCAUUCAAAUAACCUUCAUGCUUUGGAGCAACUAACAAGCUUGAAAAAUAAGUCUGGCAGCCUUUCUCAGUUUUUGCAGUUUGUGAAGAAAACUUUGGUGUCUUUACCUUUCACUUGUCAGUCUCAGAGUCCAUCGCCUUAUUUUGAUCAGUCUCUUUUUCGGUUCGAUGAGAAGCUGAUUUCGGCAACUGACCGGCACAGACAAUGCACAGACCACCCCAUCAAAUUCAUUGCAAGGAGGCAACCCAAAGUUCCGAAAUUCAAAAUCAAACCAGGCCCCGAAGCUGGGAACACCGAUGCUCGGGUAAAGAAGAUAUCCUCAUUCCUGUUUCAUCCAAUUCUACCUCUUGCUAUUUCUGUUCAGCAAACUUUGUUCUUGCAGUCCUCAGUUGUCAAUAUUCACUUUCGAAAAUGAUCUCUAUUUCUCUUUAGUUUCAACUUUAUUUGUUCUUAUUUAUACAUAUUAUAGCCUAUAGGGGUAGGGCUUAAAUUUUAAGGGGAUCUUUUUAUCUUUUGCUCUAGUGCCAAUAAUAAAUGAGACGGCCCUAGGUAAGGGUAGGGGUAGAGGCAAGCUGUAUGAAUUAUUAAGGGAAUGUAAAAAUUUUGGCGGUGAGAAUUGUUUUCUUGACUUGAACAUAUUGUUAUACAGAUGCUCUUGUGAAAAAUCGUUUUUUUGGUGAAACGUCUUCAAAAGUGCCUAUAUACUCAUUUUGUAUUAUUUAAGUUUAACCAUACAUGAAACGCGUCUCAUAAUGAGAUCUAUUGUACAACAAUUUGUGAUCAUUAUAUAAUCACAUUCCUAAUAAUCUUGUUGGAUAAGAGUUGAUAGGACACCCUUUAUUGAAAAUUUGAAUAAAAUAAGAUGUUUUAACAAUUUAAUUCUAAAAAUAAGCUUCGUGAAAACUUAAUUUCCAAA